AUGACUCGACCUCAUUCUACCCAUCAUCACGCUGCAGAAGUCUCGGCCGAUAUGAGCGAACUUGAACGCGAGAAAUUUUCUAGUCGAGCUUCCCAUCAUGAGCAGAUCGAUAAGGAGCUUUCUCAUUAUAUUGCCGAUGUCGCGGUGGAAAUAUCCAGCGAACGCAACAAGGAGCUUGUGCGUAAGCUAGACAAGCGCGUCCUACCCGUCCUCAUUGUUGCUUGUCUUCUGCAGGCCCUCACUCAAAGCACCCUGCCGUUUGCAUCAAUCAUGGGUUUGAUCGAAGAUACGGGCAUGCGAAGGCCCGAUGGGAGAACGUCCCAACAGUACUCCUGGCUGACGACUGGCAUGUACCUUGUCAUGCUGGUGGCCGAAUAUCCUCAGAACUAUAUCAUAUCGAAGGCUCCUCUUGCAAAAUAUCUAGGUUUCUGCAUGAUAUGUGAAGGUUUCAUUGUAGCCUCCCAUGCCGCUUGUGUGAAUUUCACAGGUCUGAUUAUCGGGAGGUGCCUGCUUGGGAUUUUCGAAGCGGCAUGUCAGCCAUGCUUGGUGCUGAUAUCUGUAAUGUGGUACCGUAAAGAAGAGCAAGUUGUGCGAAUCCCAAUCUGGUACAUGAUGUCUGGGGUACAGCAAAUCAUCGGAGGUUUCCUGGCCUAUGGCUUUACAUACAUUAGCAAAGGACCGCUUGCUGCCUGGAAGUGGUGGUUUAUAUUCAUUGGCGUCGUUUUAGUUAUCUGGGGAUUGUUCAUCAUGUACUGGCUACCUGACUCCCCAACGCGUGCCAAAUGCUUCACAGUCGAGGAAAAGCGUGACAUGAUCGAGCGUGUCCGUGACAACCAGACGGGCAUUCAAAACGAAAAAUUCAAGCGCGAGCAAGUGGUUGAAGCCCUGCUCGACCCACAGGUUUGGGCCUAUUCUGUUAUCAACCUAUGCACCACAUUGCCUACGGUUGGAUUGUCAUCAUUUGCGAACAUCAUAAUCAAAAGUUUUGGAUAUUCAGCGAGGAAUAGCCAACUAUUGUCGAUGCCUCUUGGACUCUAUGUAAUGAUUAUCCUUCUUUCGGCCUCUUGGUUUGCCAAGAGAACAAACCAAAAUGUGCUCGUGAUGCUCGUGUAUAUGAUCCUGUCUUUUGUAGGAACGAUUCUUCUUAUGACUCUCUCAGAGAAUACAAAGAGCCAGCGCAUUGGUCUCCUUUUGUGCUAUUACAUCACCUUUUCUUUCUGGGCGACUACAGCUCUGAGCCUGUCAUUGCUAUCGAGGAACAUUGCUGGACAGACUAAGAAGAUGGUCACCCUCACGCUCACAUUCAUCAUGUGGGCUGUUGGCAAUACUGUUGGACCCCAGGUCUUUCUGGCGUGGGAUGGCCCGCGAUACUUCAUAGCAUUCGCAACCCAUCUUGGAUGCUACUCUGUCCUGGUAGCUGUCCUGGUUGUCUUACGUUGGUAUUUGCAGAAACAGAAUAGUUAUAGAGAUCGUAUGGCUGCAGAAGGAGUGCAGGAGGCAGAUCCCAAGGACAGAUCUAGGGCUUUUGACGACCUGACCGACAAAGAGAAUCUGUCUUUUAGGUACGUGUUCUAA